UUGUUCUUCUUCAUUGUUUUGGUUUUUGGGAACAUACCUGUUCCGAGUGCAGAAUUCGCUGUAAAACAGUGAAUAAUUCUUAAAAGUUUGGAAACUUACUUUUUUUCCUGCGUGAUAAGAACAAACGGCACUCCCGUCGCCGUUCUCAUUGGAAAAUUAAACCCGUAAAGUGCAAAAGGCUUGGAGAACCGCAACCAACCGCAGCGCGCAAAGAUCUACAACAAGACGGAGCGCAAACAAGGAAAAGGGAUUCGAAAUCCUUUUACUACGCUGGGGAAACCAAUCUACCGACUCACUAUCGACUACAGAGAGCACAGAAAUCUGUGGCUGAGAUCCGGCUGUCUCGAAAGGAAACUAUCGGGAUCCGCUCUGGCAAUCACGCCGCUGCAAGAUUCCCUGCAAUAAGAUUAAGAAAAGCCUUUUUAGCUUCCAGAGGGAACGAAAAGCGAACUCCAACUCACAUGCAGAACAUCCGAAUCCGAGCAAAUUGCUCGAGCUGGAGAACUGUUCUUUUGGAUGAAACCAGAACGUGGGCAGGAAGGAAACCACCAACUCACAGGCAGAACGAAAAAACAAACGUGCUCGCCCUCCGCGCACUUGCACAGAAGCGAACCGUGUUUACUAUCUCAAAGAGUCGAGUAAAACUGCUAUCUGUGUAGGACCAAUAUAGCGGACCGAUUGAUGAUGUUGUAGUUUUCCUCGUGAUCUACUGGCGUGAUAAAGAGUGUCCGGAUCGAUCGUGCCGCUUGCAUAGCAACCAUCUCUCCCUCCCAAGCACCCCCAUCCCUCCUUUCUUCCCUCCCACCGUAUCCUUCAGCUGACUGGAAAAUGCAGCGUGAGGAGAAACAGCUGGAGAUGCUGCUGGAUGCAGCGAUCAGUCGGCUGAACGAGCUGAAAGUUUCCAUCGGUACGAUGAUACACCGGGUGGAGACGGAGUCAGAAUCGAUUUACUGGCCAACGUUUCUGGACAAUUUUGCACUCAUCUCGGGCCAGCUGACGGGGUUGAUGAAGUUACUGAGCAGCGACAUUGGGACGCCGCUACGGAACCUGGCUGUGUUGCCGCUGAUGUUGUCCUUGGAACGGGACGAAACGCUGCUCCAGCUGACCGAGGGCCGCAUACCGGUGUUUUCGCACGAGCUGGCACCGGACUACCUGCGCACCAAGCCCGAUCCGGGAGCGGAGAGCCGACUGGCGGCGCACGAGGCGAAAGCGAACAAUCUGCUGCACGAAGCGGCUAUGAAACAGGCUGCUCAAUUCGCCAAGGUGAUUGCGCACGUAUGGGAUAUCCUCGGUAAGGCGAAGGAGGACUGGGAGAGCGAAUCAUCGUCUCGGCCCGGCAUUCAGCAGACCAGCUCGAUGGCAGACACGCAGGCCCUGGUAGCCGCGGUCGGGCUCGGUGCCGGGUUGGCCAUCCCGACACAGGUCGGGCCCGGUAUGGGCCCGGGGGGCAUCAUGAUCCCAACAAACAUUCGCCAAAAUUCGCCGCUCAGCGCAAUCUCGCCGUCCGGGACUCCACUCGGCAAAAUGCCGUCCGGCAUCAAAACCAAUAUCAAGUCGGCCAACCAAAUCCAUCCCUACCGCUAGGGGUAGGCUUCCUUCCUAGCAAAACCACCCCAGUCAACCUCCCCCCCCAACCCACAAGCAACCACAUACACACUAGUAGACUGUUCCUUACUUGCACCCGUGAAUCAUGUAUGUAUAAGUGAAGUGCCGUUAACACCUUCCCGCGAAACGACGCACGCGAGAUGUAAAGACCCGUGAUAAUAAAAAAAACCGUUCGUCCCGGGGCGCGGGCAGGAACA